GAAAGGCCACAGUUCGAACCGUGCCAUGCCAUCGCCGACCGAGACCACCGGCCUCGUCCGCCAUGCAUCGGCGCAGACGAUGGCGGUGCACCGCCCACGCUUCUCGCCCUGGGGCCUGCUCAUCGGUGUCCCGCUGCUGCUCGGCCUCGGCUGGUUCGUCGCCGAGUGGUCGCGAGCGCCGGCCUUUGUCUGCGACCCCCACGUCGCGCAGUCGUCUGGCUAUCUGCCCGUCGCGCCGGAGACGCAGUACUUUUACUACUACUUCGAGUCGCGCGAUCGUCCAGCGUCCGAUCCGCUUGUACUUUGGCUCAAUGGCGGGCCUGGGUCCUCGAGCAUGCUCGGGCUCUUCCUCGAGAACGGUCCGUGCCUCGUCCAGAAGGAUGGCAGCCUCAUGUACAACGAGCAUGCAUGGAAUUCACGUGCCAACGUCCUCUAUGUCGACCAGCCCGCGUCGGUUGGUCUCUCAGUCGGCCCACUGAGCGCGCCGGCGGCCAUUGGACCCAACAUGCUCCAGUUCUUGCGCGGCUUCUUCGCCUUGCACCCGGACCUCGCGCGGCGACCGCUGUACCUCACGGGUGAAAGCUACGCCGGCCAUUACAUCCCCGUCAUUGCCACGACGCUUUUGUCGGCCAACGAGAGCGCGAUCAACCUCAGGGGGAUUGCGAUCGGGAAUGGCCUCACCGACACGGACAUCCAGGCGCAGCACCAGCUCGACAUGGUGACCAACCAAUACAACGUGACGCUCGUGCCGUCGUCGCACCUGCCUGAGCUGCAAGCCAUGGCGCAGGACGUGACCAAGAGCAUCCGCGCAUGCCGGACGACCAAGAACGACUCGGUGUGCGAAGACGCGGCGCUCGCCUUCAUCACGUUUCAGGGCACCAUGGAGAGCUAUGCGCCAACCCGCAACAGCCUCGACAUUCGCCAAGAGUGCAUCGACGACGCGUGUGAAGCGCCCAUGAAGGCCGUGGCGACGUUCCUCAACCGCCCGGACGUCCAGGCGCAGCUCGGACUUCCAUCGCCGGUCGUCUACCGGAGCGACAACCCCAAGUACAUGGAGCCCUUCCUCGUCGACAUUGUCACCAACUAUGCGCAUCACGUCGAGGCGGUGUUGGCGGCGAACGUGCCCGUCCUCUUGUAUGCGGGCGACGCCGACCUUCAAUGCAAUUGGCAGUCGAUUGACGCGUGGUCCGCGGCCAUGGCGUGGGCGCAGACCUCGAGCUACACCAAGACGACGCUACAGCCCUACGUCGCCGCCGACGGCCGCACGGUCGGCCAGGUUCGCGCCCAUGACCUCCUCACCUUUGUGCGCAUCUUUGAAGCCGGCCACCUCGUGCCGUCGGCGCAGCCGCAAGUAUCACUCGAGAUGCUCAACACCUUCCUCGCCGGCACCCCGUUCGUCUAGUCUCGUGGAAUAGACGUGCGUUCUCCCAUACUCUUGGCACGGCGCUGGUCCUUGGCAGCGCAGCGACCUUGCACCCGUAGCAUCACGACCAUGGUUCAAUCCCCGAGGAUGUGCAGUGAUGGGUUGCAGGAUGAUCGAGGAGGGUUGGGUAGCAGUCGCGCUGCCGCCCGUACUUCC